AUGAAUCGCAAGAAAAACGGAAGACGAACUGUGACCACGCGAGCAGAGAAACCAGCGAAAACUAUUAUUGUGAGUUGUUUUUUUUCAUUUUUUAUAUUUAGGUUUUGAAGAGUAGAUGUGAAUUGUAAAGGAAUGUAGCUAUCUUGACUUCUAAGGUAAUCUAUGAUAUCGUACUAUAUCGUAAAAAGUAUCGAAUCACAUGGUCUUUAGAGAAGGUUGUCUAAAAGCGGGUAAAACGCGAAGAACGAAAGUUUAGCUAGAUUGUUCUCACUUUCUUAUCAAAAAUGUCUGAUUUUAUCUUAUCGUGAGCUCUAAUUUAGAAAGGAUCGUUCGUACUGUCACUCAAAAUUGAAAAUUUAUGCAAAGGUUCUGGUGAAUUUGUCUCUAAAAUUUCUAGAGUGAUUGUUUUCAGAAAAAACUGAAGAGAUCAGCAUCAGAGAUGGAUUCAGAAGCUGACUUAGAGUUGAAUACAGCAAAUAACGAACUAGAUAGCCAAUGUGGACCGUCUGGUACAGGCUUAAAUGCCGAAUCUUCAUCUAUCGAACAAAAAUCGACUUCAGUAGAUACGGAAAAAUGGUUACGAGGAUUUGAAGCAAUGUCAAAGGAAAGUCAGCUUUUAGCAUUAACAGAACUUGUAAAUUCAUGCAGGCCAGCUCAUCUCCGACAUAUACAUAAAGUGGUUGAACCGUUGUUACAAAAAGACAUUAUUAGUUUGUUACCUAAAGAAGUAAGUAAGGAUUAUACUUUAUUUUUUUUAGUAAUUCUUUUAUUAUACUAUAGUAAAACUAAUUUUUUGUAUAUAUAAAUAUAUGCUUAAGAACUAACUUUUCUUUAGAUAUCUCAUUUGAUAUUAAACUAUCUAACGGCUGAAGAUUUGUACAAAGCAUCUAUGAUUUGUAGACGAUGGAGAGUUUUGUGUGAAGAUAAUGUUUUAUGGAGAGAAAAAUGCAUUGAAAACAAUAUUAUUCCUCCAAAUACACCACCAAAGUGAGUUGAAAUUAAAGUAUUGAAAAGUGGUAGAAUUUUUAACACCUGUUAAACAUGUUUUACAUUUUUUGCAAAGUAGUUUUAAUUGUUCAGUUUGGCACACAGAAGUUCAUGGGAAAUAGCUGAAGACAACUUGUUGAAUCCACAAAAUGGACGGCUAAAUUUCUGGGAAACUGGCAGAGUUGUAUCAAAUCGGGAUUCUGAACCAAAUACGGAGAAUGAAUGCUUCAAACGGGCUUACUGGAAAGCUGUAUAUUUGAGGUAUAAUUUUAAAAUUUUUGUUUUGUUUUUAGGUAGCAUUUAAUGAAAGACAGCUCAAUGUUUACGUCGUUUUUGGCGAAGUGAAAGUUUUAACUUAAUAAUGUUGUUGUGGUUUUCAGAAACAAUCGAAUUUAUCGAAAUUGGAUGCAAAACAAGCCCACAGCUCAAUGUCAUCUUGCGGGUCAUGAUGAUCAUGUUAUUACAGGAAUGCAGGUGAAAGGCGACUUAAUUGCGACGUCAUCCGAUGACACGACUGUUAGAAUUUGGUCGAUUUCAAGAGCAAAGGUAAAAGUUUCAAAAAGUUAAGAAGCAAGAUACUUUUAUAAAAAUAUAGACAAAAAUUAUCUAUUCUGAUGUCCUUAACAUUAUUAUUUAUAUUUUUUAGUGUAUGCACGUAUUACAAGGCCAUGGUGGUGGAGUAUGGUCAAUGAUUUUGACAGAUGACGGGAAAAAGGUCAUUUCCGGUUCAACUGAUCGAACUGCUAGAGUUUGGAACACAGAAACUGGAGAACAAAUUCAUUGUCUUCAAGGGCAUACAAGUACUGUCAGAUGUAUGGCUAUGAAGGGAAAUCGGUAGGUUUUUACACAUUUUUAUAACGGUUGUUUAUUCUUUUAUUAUAAUUCAAUUGUUUUACCAUUCAUGUAAAUUUUAGGUUAGUAACCGGCUCUCGUGACUGUACAGCACGUCUAUGGAACCUCGAUACUGGAGAGUUCAUCAGUGUUCUUGUAGCACAUUAUGCAGCCAUACGAUGUGUAGAAUACGAUGGAAAACACAUAAUCACGGGGUCUUAUGACCACAAAAUUGCUAUUUUCAACGCCGAAACAUGUGAACGCACUCAAAUACUCAUUGGACAUCAAAAUCGAGUAUAUUCAUUACUAUUGGACAAAGAGAAAGGCCUGCUAUUCUCAGGGUCUCUUGACCAGACUAUCAGAGUGUGGAAUGUUAAUGAUGGCACAUGUAUACAUACUCUGGUUGGACACAACAGCCUUACAUCGGCGAUGCAGCUCAGAAAUGGAUAUCUAAUAUCAGGGAACGCGGAUCACAGUAUAAGGGUUUGGAAUGUUGAGGAUGGUACUUGUGUGCACAUAUUGACCGGUCAGAAUUCACAUACAGCAGCGGUGACAGGACUACAGUUUAUAAGAGAUGAUUUGAUCGUCAGCAGCAGCGAUGAUGGUAUUGUCAAGCUAUGGAACAUCAAAACUGGCAUUUUCAUAUGUAAUUUAGUACAACUGCAACCGUUGGGAGGAUGUGUUUGGAGAGUUGAGGCAACUUCAACCUGCUUGGUUUGUGCGGUUGGGUCGAGAAACCAGGCAGAAGACACAAAGUUGAUUAUCGUCGAUUUUGACGCCCCAUAUCCUUGA